AAAUACAGAAAAUACAAUGAUCUUCAAAAAAGGUAAACUCGAUACAACAGAUCGAUUGUAGUGCUGAUUAAAACACACUAGCGUAAAGAGGCGUAGUUUUGUCCCUUUAACUCCAUUCCCAGUGAGGUGAUAGGCUAAUCACCUGUCCCGUGUAGCGCAUGCGCAGUAGCGCGAACGGGAGCCGCGGUCCCCUCGCCAGCCAGCAUCACAGAGCUGGGGGAGAAGAGCAACAGCGGAAGCUCUUGGUGCAGAAAUGGGUGAAGUCCCCUGGCAUCCCCAUGAGGUAGGGGCUGAUCUGCGACGUUUAGAUGACAUUUACCAUUUCACCGUGCAGUUCAUAUGAGAAAGCAGGUAAUGUGCCUGCAGAUGUGAGUGAAUCAUAAAACCCUCCACAAACCCUUCACUAGACUCCAAAAAAAAAAAACUGGAGCAGUUACUUUAUUGAUUUUCUGACUGCACCCCAUACUGGCAGACUGUGCCUCCCAGGAGUGCAGCUCCCAGACCCCUGUACCAUCCAGACAGAAUGUUCUCUUCCAAUUUCCUGGGUGGGGGGAACCCUCUGAGUGCCAUGUCUUCUGCGGUGAACAAGUUUAGUCUGUUCAGUGACGACACUGAGGAUGGAAAAGAAAAGCAGCAGCAGGGGUCUCUGAAGCAGAAAAUUCCUGAACAGCAUGGAAAUGGACAGCCUCCGUCACAAGGAUCUCAAAAACACAACACUGAGAAGCCACCAGGAGGGCGCAUGGAUGAUGCUCAAAAGCAAGGAAUAGGCAGGGGGCUACCUCAGGAUCCAGCGUCUGGAAGAGGUAGCCCUCAACAACAAAGAGCUGGUAGAGGAGGACCUCAUCAUCAUGGGGUGGGGAGGGGAAAAUCUCCACAGCGUGAAACAGGAAGCAGUGGACCUCUGCACUAUGACCCUAUAGGACCUGGGACUCACCAAGCUGAAACUGCUACAGCCUUUGCUUCAGGCGCAGAGUCACUCUGUCCAAUCUGUAAAAACACAAAACUAAAUUUUCACUCCAAGGAACCACCCAACCAUAACACCUGUACACAAUGUAAAUCUGUUGUCUGCAGCAUGUGUGGCUUUAGUCCUCCAGAUGCAGCAGCUAAAGAGUGGCUUUGCCUUAACUGCCAGAUGCAGAGGGCCCUUAGAGUUGAAGAACCAUCUACCCCCUUCAUAUCCAGCAAAACACCCACACCAUCUCCAUCUCCUGUCAAGCAAAGCUCAUCAACAGCACAAAAGAAGGACUCCACACAGAGCAAAGCCUUACAUCCAUCCUCCAGUCAGCAAAGCAAACCUUCAGAGGGUCAUAAACCACCUGGACAGGACAGUUCCACUACAGCAAAAGAAACCAUGUCAACUCCACAUCCACAACAAAAGCCAACCCAGCAGCAAAAACAAAAAGAUGCCCAAUCACCUGCCAAGUCUAAACCACCAGCACAACCUGAACCUCCCAAGGAGCAGUCUGGAUUUUUUGGUUUCAGAUCUGGUGGUGCCCGAUCCCGUUCACCAUCUCCUCAGCCUUCAGUUUCUGCUGUUUCUGGGAAAGUUUUAGGCUUUGGCUCCUCCCUUUUCAGCUCUGCAUCUAAUCUGAUUUCAACAGCUGUUCAGGAUGAGUCUUCCACAAUGCAGCCAACUUCGCGCAAAGCCUCCAGUGUUUCCCAAACCUCUGAAAGGUCCACACCUCCAGCAUCCUGCAAAGGGCCAGAGGCCUCUAAGGACUCUCCUAAACUUCCUGCAACCCCAAAACAAGAGGAAAAGAAAAUUGAAUUAACCCAGCCAACCAAAGCGACUGUAGACCAAACAAAAGAGAAACUCACUUCUUCUCAGUCCCCAAAAGCCAGUCCAAAACCUCUUCCCAAAGCCUGUCCAAUCUGCAAAGUGGGUCUCAAGAAAGAGCCUCCAAAUUACAAUACCUGCACUGAGUGCAAAACUACUGUUUGUAUCCAAUGUGGUUUCAAUCCCAUGCCUCAUCAACCAGAGGGAAAAGAUUGGCUUUGUUUAGCCUGCCAGACACAAAGGGCACUAAAAGGGGUAGAACCACAAGGGUCACCUGUGGUGAAGCCCCACCUUCAGCACCCUGAAGCCACAACUGAAAAGAAGGAUUCUACUACAGGUCCCACAUCAAAACAGCCCACCGUCCAACCAAAAGAGAUUAGUUGUGCCAACCAGACAGUUGCUCAGAAAGAAGGAGCUAAUAAGCAACAACUUAGUUCAACAGUAACAAAACUGACUGAUGAGCAUAAUCAGCAGACAGCAAAAACUGGCCAACCUUCUGCUCAGUCUGAACCACCAUCAAGGACAGAACCCCCUCAAGAAGAGACAGGUUUCUUUAGCUUCAGCUUUGGCGGUGUGCGUUCUCGAUCACCAUCUCCUCAGGUGGCUAACUCUGCUGUUUCUGGAAAGGUUCUAGGCUUUGGUUCCUCUUUACUCAGCUCAGCAUCUAAUCUGAUCCCAUCAGCUGUUCAGAACGAGCCUUCCACCACACCACCAACCUCUCGAAAGGGAUCUACAGUGUCUCAAACUUCUGCCAAUGCAACCAGUACACUCUCUGCAUCACAAAAAGGAUCUGCAGCAUCAAAAACUGCUGCCAAAAUAUCCUCAACAGGGCCAGAGACUAAAUCAUCAACUGCUGAUAAGGAAAAGACACCAGGACAUCAACAGAGUAAGGCACCCUUAUCUCAAGAAAAUAUACCAGAACAUAUGCCAAAAAUUGAUAAAGAUGCUCAGCAUCUUCCCAAAGCCUGUCCACUCUGUCAAGAAAAGCUCAAGAAGGAUCCUCCAAACUACAAUGUCUGCACUGAAUGCAAAAAGUAUGUUUGUAAUCUUUGUGGUUUCAAUCCUAUGCCUCAUCAAACAGAGGUGACAGAAUGGCUUUGCCUGAACUGUCAGAUGCAAAGAGCUCAUGAUAAUGCUCCAGUGGUGCCCCAGAAAAUAUCUGUACAACCCCAUUCUUCACCAAAGGCAGGAAUGACUCCAUCGUUACAACAGAAAGAUGCUUGUGCUGUGGACUCAACAAAGAAAAUAACAAAGCCUAUAACAACUGUUCCACAGAAAGACAAUAAAUUUGGGGCCAUUCAGAAAAUGGAGCAACAGCAAAUGAAGGUACCAAAUGACUCACCCCCUCUACACAAACAGCGGCUAGAAACUGGGAAACCUCAGGGUGAGACAUCAAAGAUAGACAAGUCAGAAAUCAAGGAUGAAUCAGGUUUCUUUGCUCGAUCACGAUCACCAUCUCCCAAGCCUUCUGCCUCUGCUGUUUCCGGAAAGGUUCUAGGCUUUGGUACAUCCUUGUUCAGCUCAGCAUCUAAUCUGAUCUCGUCAGCUGUUAUGGAUGAGCCUUCCACCACACCACCAGCCUCUCGUAAAGGUUCAUCUGUCUCUCAAAGUUCUAUUAGUUCUACUACACCACCGUCUUCUCGAAAAGGUUCUGCAGUUUCACAGACUUUGUCCAAAACAACUCCACCCACUCCUCAUAAGAGUUCAUCAGUUUCACAGACAUCUUACAAGACUGGAUCUUCAGCCUCCACACCAGUUACUUCACACAAAGGGACUGAUAUUUCCCAAGACAUAAUGAAGGAGACCAAAAAAUCUUCUAAUGAAAUGGCAAAGGAAAAGAAAUUCCUGGAACCGCAGCCACCCAAAACACUACCUGAAAAAGUUAAGGACUCUGCAGCUGUUGAUAAAUCAUCUCAGCAGCUGCCAAAAACCUGUCCACUUUGCAUGACAGAUAUAAAAAAAGAUCUUCCUAACUAUAGCACCUGUACUGAAUGCAAGAGCAUUGUGUGUAACCUCUGUGGAUUCAGCCCCAUGCCUCAAGAAACAGAGAUAACGGAGUGGCUCUGUCUUAACUGUCAUACAAGACGAGCAUCAGGAAUAUCUCAGUCUAACAAAAUCCCCCCAACAUCAUUUCCUCAAAAUAAGAAGACAUCUGUGUCAGAACACCCUGAGAAGAAGAAAGAUUUUCCCGAUAAACCUAUUCAAAAAGGCCAGACAACUGCUGAGGUAAAACAGAAAGAUGAAAUAUCUGCUGCAGCAGCUGAGAAGCAGGUCAAACAGCAGCAGCCUACUCUACAACACGAUGUGGAGAAAUCUCAAAAGGCUUCAAAAGCUGAGCCCUCUCCUGCCAAGGAUAAACCCCCUCAAGAAAACUCAGGAUUCUUUGGCAUUGGUGGUGCUCGAUCUCGAUCACCAUCCCCUCAGCCUGCUGUCUCUACUGUUACUGGGAAGGUUUUAGGAUUUGGUUCUUCCUUUUUCAGCUCUGCGUCUAAUCUCAUCUCAUCAGCUGUUCAGGAUGAACCCUCCAUGACAUCCCCAAUCUCUCGCAAAGAUUCAUCAGUCUCUCAAAGUUCCGUUAGGUCCAGUACACCACCUCCAUCCUCCCACAAAGGUUCCAGAGUCACCCAGGCCACCAUACCACAAGGGGACUCUCAGAAAGAGCAGACAGAUAUAAAUAAAUCACAGAUUGCAAAUAACAAAGAAGGAAAUAAACCUGAGGUAACAAAACAGCAGGGAAAGGAGCCCCCAAAUCCAAUUGAAUCCAAGCCAGAGCCAUCAAAAGUGAAAGAAUCCUCUCACAUUCUCCCUAAAAACUGCCCUCUCUGCAAGGUGGAGAUCAAGAAUGAUCCUCCCAACUACAACACCUGCACUGACUGCAAAAACAUUGUAUGCAUACAAUGUGGAUUCAAUCCUUCACCACACCAAACAGAGAGGAUGGAGUGGCUGUGUUUGACCUGCCAAAUGCAGCAAGCAUUGGGAGCUCCUCAAGAACCUCAACCACAGGCUAACAAAGUACCAGUGUCUGUCUCAAAGCAGAAUAAAGAGCCUCUAAUUCCAGCAAAAGAUAAGAAAUCACUUUUUGAUGGAAAACUACAUGACAAUCAAAGUGAAGCUGAGAAAAAGCAAGACAGCUCUACAAUAAAACAUAAUGUACAAAGUCAGCAUCCUAAGCAACAGAGUCAACAAACAAAAGAUGGAAUUUCCAAACCUGCUAAAUCAGAACCUCCUAAUAAGGAAUCAGACUUUUUUGGUUUUGGUGGACGAUCUCGAUCACCAUCCCCACAGCCUGCUCUUUCUGGAAAAGUUUUAGGCUUUGGUUCUUCAAUCUUAAGCUCAGCAUCUAAUCUGAUAUCCUCAGCUGUUCAAGAUGGAACCUCUCCAACACCAUCAACUUCACACAAGGGUUCUAUUGUUUCUCAAACUUCUGAAAAUACUGUACCAAUAGUACCUGAUUCUAGCAAGAUAUCUGACACUACAAUGCCAGCUUCCAGUAAGCUAUCUUCCCAAGACUCUUCUAAGGAGAAGUCUAGUAAUGUAUCAAAACCAUCAACUAAACACGAUGAAGAAAGAAAAAUACAGGAAAUUAAAUCACAGGGUAAAAACUCUACACCACUUCUGGCACCCAUUUUGAAGGAUGAAACUCCAUCAGAUGCCACAAAAACUACAGAAACCACUCAGGCACUUCCAAAAGUCUGCCCACUCUGCAAGGUAGAAAUCAAGAAAGAGCCUCCUAACUACAACAUCUGCACUGAAUGUAGGAAUGCAGUUUGUACCCUUUGUGGAUUUGACCCAAUGCCUGACAAAAUGGAGAUGAAAGAGUGGCUAUGUCUGAAUUGCCAGAUGCAGCGAACAUCAGGACCUCCAAAGCCAACUCAGCCAAAACCUAUCAAAGUUCCUGCACCAGCAUCACCACACAAAGAUGUUCAGGCUCAAGUUUCUCUGCAAAACAUCUCUCCACAACAGGGCUCAAAAGGUGACACAUCAGCAAAGCCUGUUCUUUCCCAAACUGAAACCUCUAAAGAUAAAACAGGCUUUGGGCUUACACAAGACCAGUCUCAGUCUCCAUCUCCUCAGCCUGCUGCCAUUACUAUAUCAGAAAAGGGUUUAGACUUUGGCUCUUCCAUCAUAAGCACAGCCUCUGACCUUAUUUCUUCAGCUGUUCGGGAUGAAGCAUCUACGAUACCACCAUCUUCUCGUAAAAGUUCUGCAGUGACUGACACAUCUAUAAAAACAUCAACACCACCUGCUUCUCGCAAGAUACCUGCAGUCUCUGAAAAAGACCUUUCCUCGAAUGAGCCAAAAUUAAUUACUCAGCAACCAAGAUCAGAGAAGAAAACAUCAGAGCUUCAGACCAUCAAAGAACAAUCUUCUGAAGUGAGAGAAGAUGACAGUUUAUCAGCUUGUCCACUGUGCAAUGAGAAAUUAAAAAAUAACCCUCCAAACUUCAACACUUGUACAUCUUGCAAGAUGACUGUGUGUAAUCUCUGUGGAUUUAACCCCAUGCCAGAUCAAACUAAGGUCAAAGAGUGGUUAUGUUUGAACUGCCAGAUGCAGCAAUUGCCAGGGGCUUCACCUGCACAGCCACGGGCUAAAAAGAUACUGCCACUAGGACCAGGAGAGGGGAAGAAAACUCCAGAUGCAUCUCAGAAGAAAUCAAUUCUCCCAGUAGAUGUCACAGACAACAAUAAAAUCCUUUCUGAAGUUGGAAAACCAAAGGACCAACCCCUUAUUCCAUCAUCACAGAAACCAACUUCUACUUCUUCAAUAUCACAACCGUCUCCUGCUAAGUCUUCUCAACUUCCAAAAGCUGAGCCUCCAAAAGAGGAUAAGGGUUCAGCCACUUCUCAAACUUCUGCAAAGGCUGCAUCAGUUUUGCCUGCAUCUGUAGACACUGUUAUCUCUGGGAAGACAAAAUCACCUACUGUUCAGAAGCAAGAAGAAAUGAAACCUGCAGAUGAAGCACCAAAUGCUCAGUCUGCCAAAGCACCAUCUGCUCUUGAAAAAGGGGAUACAAAUUUAUUUAGGCUUCAAAAAGGCUGUCCAAUCUGCAAGGAGGUAUUCAAGGAAGAUCCUCCAAACUACAAUACUUGCGAUUCCUGCAAAGCCAUUGUGUGUAACCCUUGUGGUGGAUUGAACUCCAGAUCAGAAAUAACUGAGAAGAAGGAUUGGUUGUGUUUAAACUGCCAGAGGCAGCAAGGAUCGGGACCUGUUCCUGCAAAGGAAGUACCUCCUACAGAAUCAGAGAAGGAGGCUUCAAGUCCAGGUCCUACAAAGAAAAAGACAAGUAUUCCAGUGGGUGAUACAGAGUAUGAUCAGAUACCCACUUCAGAAAAGACCCCAAAAGCCACUACUAGUGUGGCAGAACAUAAACCAUCUCCUGUUGACGCUGUCGAACCACAAAAUACAAAACCUCCAGAGAAACAGUCUGGCCUCUUUGGUUUCAGUUUUGGUGGAAGUAAAUCACGACCGCCAUCUCCUCAGCUGGGUGCCUCUGCAGUUUCUGGCAGAGUUCUAGGCUUUGGUUCAUCCUUCCUCAGCUCAGCCUCUAAUCUGAUCUCUUCAGCUGUUCAGGAUGAACCAGCCAUCACACCACCAACCUCUCGUAAAAGUUCUACAAUUUCUUUAAAAAACACUAUAACGCCACCUUUGUCCCGCAAGAGUUCAGCAGCACACCAACAUGAGAAAGAGAAAGAAAAUAAACUGCAAGACCAGUUGGCAAAGGAAUCAGUUCCUCUUCUGAAAAAGGAUACAGCUCGUUUAGAGCUUCUCAAAGCUUGUCCACUCUGUAAGGCAGACCUCAAGUAUGAUCCACCCAACUAUAACACCUGCACACAAUGUAAAACUGUUGUGUGUAACCUUUGUGGAUUUAGUCCCAUUCAACAAGAAACUGAGGGGUCAGAGUGGCUGUGUUUGAACUGCCAGAUGCAGCGAGCCUCAGAACCUCCUCCUGCAAAAACCCAGUCAGAAGUUAACAAGGUACCUUCACCAGCAUUACCAAAGAAGAAAGAGACUCCUGAUGCAGGUGUUCCACAGAAGAUCCCAAGUCUUCCAGUAAAUGCCAAAGAUGAGAAGCCAUCUGGAGUUGGAAACCCAGUAGAGGCCCAAAAAUCCACUGCUCUGUCAACACAACCUUCUCCUGCAAAAUCUGCAUCAAAACAAAAAGUUGAACCUCCAAAGGAGGAGUCAAGCUUAUUUGGUUUCAGUUUUAGUGGAAAUCGAUCUCGGCCACCAUCUCCUCAGCCUGAUAUCUCAGCUGUUUCUGGAAAGGUUCUAGGCUUUGGGUCCUCCUUUCUUAGUUCUGCAUCUAAUUUGAUCUCAUCUGCUGUUCAGCAGGAGCCUUCCACAACACCACCAACAUCCCGUAAAGGAUCUACAACUUCUCAAACUGCUGUAAAAAUUACUCCAACUCCAUCCACGUCUCACAAGAAGCAAGUGGAAAAGAUAGAAUCAGAAACCAAAUUGGAAGUCCAGUUGCCAAAGGCACAUACACCUCUCUCAGACUCACUUGGAGCUUGCCCAAUUUGCAAGGCUGACCUUAAGAAGGAUCCACCUAACUACACUACCUGCACUGAAUGCCAGAAAACAGUGUGCAACCUUUGUGGAUUCAGUCCUGUGCCACAAGAAACAAAGGGUAAGAAAUGGUUAUGUUUGGACUGCCAAAAGCAGCAAGCCCCAGGACCUCCACCUAUACAGCCUCAACUAGAGACAAACAAGGUACCUCCACCAGCACCAAAGCAGGAGGCUCAAACUACAGAUGAUCCACAAAAGAAGCCAAGUCUGUCAGAUGAUGCCACAAUAAAAUCUGCUGAAGUUGUAAAAGAGAAUAAAUCUAGUCCAGCAGAGUCACAGAAACCCACUGCUGUUCAGUCAGCACAACAGUCCUCUCCUGACACACCUGCUAUACCAAAAAAAGCUGAAACUACAAAGGAGGAGACAAGCUUUUUCAGUUUCAGUGCCGGCAGUGCUAAGGCAUCUCUUCAGCCUGAUGUCUCUGCUGUUUCUGGGAAGGUUCGAGGCUUUGGCUCGUCUUUUUUUAGCUCAGCAUCUAAUUUGAUUUCAUCGGCUCUUCAAGAUGAACCUUCUACCACACCACCAACUUCUAGAAAGGGUUCUACAAUUUCUCAAAGAUCUGAAAAAGACACUCCAACACCACACACGUCGCAUAAGGGUUCGAUAACACAGAAAGAAGAAGAAAAGACAGAACUGGAAAUUACAUCAGAUGAUCAGUCAACUGUGUCACCUUCUCUUGUCAAAAAAGAUGAGCAUCUCAAUAAGCCUCUUAAACCUUGUCCAUUGUGCAAGGUCGCUCUCACGAAAGAUCCAGCCAACUAUGCCACCUGCACUGAAUGUAAAACCACUGUAUGUAAUCUUUGUGGAUUUAGUCCUAUGCCACAACAAACUGAAGUGAAAGAAUGGCUGUGUUUGAACUGCCAGAUGCAACGAGCACCAGAGGCUUCCUCUAUACAGCCUCAGCAACAAGCUAGCAAAGUACCACCACCAGCAUCAGCACAACAGAAGGUGAAAUCUCUUGCUGGAAAUCCAGAGGACAGACCUAUUCAAGUAGAGACAAAGAAAUCCAUUCCUACACCUGCAAAACAACAAUCCACUGUUCCAACACCAAAAGCCGAACCUUCAAAAAAGGAGUCCGGUUUCUUUGGUUUUGGCGGUGCUCGUUCUCGAUCUCCGUCUCCUCAGCCAGCUGUCUCUGCUGUUUCUGGAAAGGUUCUAGGCUUUGGGUCUUCUCUCUUUAGCACGGCAUCUAAUUUAAUUUCUUCUGCUGUUCAUGAUGAGCCUACAACACCACCAACACCUCGUAAGGGUUCUGCUACUUCUCUCACAUCUGUAAAGACCAGACCAGCAACUCCUCCUUCUUCUCAGAAAGAAUCUGUAGAGCCAGAAAAACAUGAUAUUAAAGAAACCAAAACAACAGCCAAAGAGGAAAAACCUCCUGUGGCAAAGAAACAUGAGAAUAAACUAAAUGAAAAGCAAGUCAAAAUGACUAAGGUAACAGAUGAAUCUCCAAAAGUGGAAGAAACCUCUAAACAUCAGAAUGUUGCUUGUCCUCUCUGUAAGAUAGCGCUUAAUGUUGGCUCAAAUGAAGCACCUAACUACAAUACCUGCACAGAGUGCAAGGACACAGUGUGCAACCUCUGUGGAUUUAAUCCCAUACUCCAUCAGGCUGAGGUUUAUGAAUGGCUUUGCCUAAACUGCCAAACACAAAGAGCAUUAAAGGGAAUUGAACCACAAGAACUACAAGCAAAACCAGAUAUUGUAUCUACUUCAGCACUGUCUCCAAGCAACAUAACACCCAAAACAGCAAUUGAUGCUUGUGAAACCAACAUAAAGGAUCUACCUCAGGUUCAGGCACCUCACAAAGAUGUGCCUACUGCAGAUCAAAAUAAAGAUUCUAAUCUAACUCCUGUUCAAAAUGAUAACAUUUCAAAUACAGAUACAACCCAAGUGAAAGAUGCUGUUAAUGACGUGGUCGUUAAAAAGGUCCAGGAAAAAGAAACUCUUGCUGACAUUAAAGAGGGGGAUACAGGAAAAGAAAUGUUGUCUUCUGAAGCAAUAGCUAUCAUGGAGGAUCAAAAGUCUGCAGUUCCACAGAAACUUGGAAUUGACCAAGAACCAACUGGAAAGCCAACAGACAGUAUCUCAGAAAUGAACAUUAUUCUGGAAAAACCUGAGCAAUUGCAAUCUAAAUCCUCUGCACCAGAACUAGACAUCUCAAAGCAGGAAUCAAGCAUCUUUGGGUUUGGAUUUGGCAGUACUAAAUCACAAUCUAAACCAUCUAAACCUUCUGACACAAGCACAGGGAAACUCUUUGGCUUUGGUAGUUUGACUGAGGCACCCUCACCACAAUCUGCCUCUUCUGUUUCUGGGAAGGUUUUAGGUUUUGGAUCUUCCAUCUUCAGCUCAGCUUCUAAUUUGAUCUCAUCAGCUGUUCAUGAUGAACCCUCCACAACACCACCAAGUUCUCGUAAGGGCUCCACUGUUUCCCAGACAUCUAUCAAAACAGCCACACCAUCCUCUUCCCGUAAAGGAUCAACAGUUUCCCAAGCUUCUCUUAAAACACCACCAACUCCUCGCAAGGGUUCUGCUGCUUCCGAGCCCUCCUUCAAGACAUCUCCUACUGGAGACACUAAACCAUCUGAUUCACAAAAACAAGAUGAACAGGCAGCAGAUGAGAAGUCAAAGGUCAAGCUAGAUGGAGCAUCUUUAGAACCUGCCAAACCAUCUGAUUCACAGAAACACACUGAGAAAACACCAGAUGAGAAGUACGAAGUCAAAAUAUCUGCUCCUUUGCAAUCAGCCUCUAAACUGGCUGAGUCUAUUUGUCCUAUCUGCAAAGUGAAGCUGAAUAUUGCCUCUGAAGAGCUGCCUAAUUUCAACACUUGCACUGAAUGCAACAACGAUGUAUGCAAUCACUGUGGAUUUGAUCCCAUGCCAAAUCAGACAAUGGAAAAACAAUGGCUUUGCAUGAAUUGCCAGAAGCAGAGAGCACAAAGAGGAAUAGAACCAACAGGAAUUUCCAUGAUAAAGCCUCACCCGACAUUGCCCAAAAAUGACAGUCAGUCACCAACUUUGGAGCACAAAUUAGCUGAAACAUCCACUGUAUGUGUAGAUGGAAAGACUUCAUCUGUCCCAGAAGCAGCAAAGAAAGAACAUGAAAAGCCAAGCUUGAAUGAAAAUGUGCCCCCUCCAAAUAAAGAGCUGCCCCAACAAAAAGCACAAGAGGAGAAAGAUGAAAAAUCACAGAAACAGGUGACGAAAGGUACAGAGUCACCAGCCAGAUCCACUCCACCCUCACAGGCUGAGGUUCCAAAGCAGCAAUCAAGCUUUUUUGGAUUUGGCAUCAGUACUGGUAAGUCUCAACCUACUCCUUCUAAGUCCACUGAAUCGACAACUGGAAAGCUCUUUGGAUUUGCUGGAUUGACUGAGACAGCCAGAUCACGAUCACCAUCACCACAGUCUAUGACUAAUGUCCCUGGAAAGUUUUUAGGAUUUGGAUCAACCAUCUUUAGUUCUGCCUCCAAUUUGAUUUCAUCAGCUCUUCAGGAUGAGUCAUCUCCACCAGUAUCUCGUAAAGGCUCUACAGUAUCUCAAUCAUCUACACCACCUACUUCUCGCAAGGGUUCUAUAGUCCCCACUGGAGAGUCCAAAGCUCCCAUAACAAAGAAGUUAGAUGACAAGUCACUAGAAGAGAAGAUAGAAGAACCUAAGGUGACCAAAGCUAAGUCAUCUGUUACUGAAAAGCAGGAAGCUAUGCCUGAGUCUGUGGAAGUGGCAGUACUGCCUAAAUCUCCUUCCAAAGCAAGCCAACCAACUUGCCCACUUUGUAAGGUGGAUCUUAAUGUUGGCUCAAAAGAACUUCCCAACUACAAUACAUGCACAGAGUGCAAAGAUAUGGUGUGUAAACUCUGUGGAUUUAAACCCAUGCCUCACCUUACUGAGGGAGAGUGGCUAUGCUUGAACUGCCAGACUCAGAGAGCCCUAUCUGGCAAUCUGGGAGACAUGGGACAAAUUCCUAGACCAUCACCUAUGUCUGGAACUGAAUCAGCAGCUUUACCCAAAGCCCAAACAAUCAAAAUAUCAGAAGGUGGUCAGACCAUUGAAACCCCUGUGCCUACUGUCCAUAAACCUACAAUUGAAGAAAAAAUAGUGGCCUCAAAAGUACAACCUGUGGAAUCUGUUGCUGCUCCUCCUGCUUCUAAACAUACUACAGAUGACACACCCAUUGAAGCUGCUGAAAAAACAGAUGAAUUGAAAUAUAUACCUCCAGAACCUACAGUAAGAGAGGAGAAAUUAACUACAGAAGAACUCAUACGGCAUGUAAGCUCUCAGGAAGCAGAGAUGCUCCAGAUAGAAUCAGAAACACCAUCUACUGAAGCUGUCAUCACAAAACUUAAGUUAAAAAGUGAAAUUAUACAACCAAUGGUUGGGACAAAAGAUGAACCAACACAGGCAAUAGACUCUCCAAACAUAAUGAAGCCUCCAACUGUUGAAGCAUCACUUGAAUUUAAGGAGACUUGUGAACUUACAUCUAUGGCAGCAAAACUUGCAGAAGAUUCUGCAUUUCCAGAUAAGCUUAUCCAAAAUGAAAAGGCUGUAAUUCAGUUAAAGAUUACUCCUACUACACCAUGUGAGCAUGAAAGCAUAGUAAAGUUAUUAUCAGGGGACAAGACAAACAACUUGAAGGUGAAUGAUAAAAAAGACCCACAGGGACAUAAUAUAUUUCCAGUUUCACCUGAAUCAUACAGUUCAUCUGAGGAAGAGCUUAAAGAAAUUCAGAGGGCAAGCAAGUCUCUUUUGAAGGAAACUGCAGCAGAACUGGCCCAUAUUAAAGAAACAGAGUGUACAAAGCAUUAUUCUGAUUCUGGAGAUGAAGAGUUCAUACAGACACAGCUAAAGCAAACAAGCGCACAUAAGGAUUUGUCACCAACUCAUCACCAAAGUUACAUCACAAAACAGAUCAGAGAAAAAGACCACCAGAUUCUGCAUGAAGUCAGUGAUGCAGAUACUGGAAGUACUGACUAUGAAGAUGAAAGGACCAUUAAGCAUCUUAAGGUGCCUGAAGAAAGUGCUGAUAGUUGCCUGUUGUCUCAAGAGCAAGCAGGCCAAGUAAUGCAGGCCAGCCCUGUCUAUAAAACAGUAAAAACAUUUCUCCUGGAUGAUAAUGAAAAGGAAGAAACCACAGACCUUAACGGCACAAGAGCUAUUUCUGUACAACAGAAUGUUUCUGUCAGUCAGAUUUCAGAAGAAGAGAGUUUAGCUGAAGAUAUGUCUAAAGACGGUGGAUCUUCCAGUAUGCAAGCAUCCCACAUCACAUCAGGAACCACAUCACCUACAUCACUGUCCUCACUUGGUGAAGAAAGUGACAGCAGUCCAGGUCACAAGAAGGAGAGUUUAGAGGGCAAGCAGCAACGGAAAGUUAAGCAUAGGCAAGGUCAAUCCCUUCAUACUAUAGCAGACUCCUCUGAGGAGGAAGAGAUCUUGGAGGAAGGAGAUCAACUUAUAGAACAGGAAAUACAGAGGGAAACUGAUCAAAGGCAGUUCAAAAAGUCUUACAAAAAGUCCAAUAAAGAAAGAGACAAAUUGCUAGAUCAUUCACCAAAUAAUCACUCUCCGAUAGAGUGCAUCUCUCAAACCGAUGAAGUAGUGCAGGUUUCAGAAAUAAAAACCUAUGAAACAUUUUCUUACUCAAACAUAUCACCAAGUACAGAAUCAGAACAAGAAAAUAUUGUUAGCCACCGACUGCCACCAAUGGACGUAAUGCAUGAUGUUGGAGAGAAACAAUUAAAGAGUGCGGAUGAAACAUAUGAAGAAAUUAUGCAGAAAGCCCAAGAACUCAAAGCUAUGACAAAGAAAAUCACUCCACCUGAUAUUGAGCCACUGUACGGAGGCAUGCUGAUAGAAGACUAUGUUUACGAGUCAUUAGUGGAGGAACCAGCACAGGCUAUAGCAGUUGAUCAUAAUACUGCUGUAGAUGAAUACUUGACAAAUGUGUCUGUUCCAGAAACAGUAAGAAAGCUUAGAACACCAGAGGAGGCCUAUGAGGAGAUGCAGAAAAAUAGAGAACUCAUGCUAAAAGAUCAAACAUUUGAACAUGCACAGCUAAACAAAUCAGCUCCUCACAGAGAUACCACUGUAACUGUUGUUACUGACACUUGUUAUGUCAAUAUAUCAGAAAACUAUGAGUUUACAAAACACCAAGAUGAAAAUUGGCAAUGGUAUGCUGAAACUGCAAAUGAUGAACUGCUAAAUAGGGAAAAAGAACUUAUGACACCAGAAACAAGUCCUACUCAAUCAACUCCUCUAUCACCGGUAUCACCUUUAUCUUCAUCUGAGCCUUUAUAUGAUUCCACUGAAGUAAUACAAAUUCCCUCAAGUGGGGAAGAGGAUAAUGACAAGGAUGAAUUUGCAACUGGAGCUAAUGAGUGUGCUAUGGAGCCUUACAGGGCUGAGUCAACACCUCCAAAAGAUCAGCUUGUUAAAAAUGUUCUCUAUCCUAUUCCUGACCUGAAAAUUACUCAAUGUUCAUCUGGUGAAGAUGAGGUUGAGGAUGAAGAGAGCAUCACACAAACGCAUGAAAUAAUUAUGUUAAAUGGUAUUGCUCAUUGUGAUGACAGAUCAGAGGGAGCUUCUCAAUUUACAGAAUCUUCAGUAGAGGCACAGUCAGUAGAGUCUGAGCCCACAUCUGUUGUGUCUGAAGUUCCACUAUCAAAAUCAACACUUGAACAUGUGUCCCUUGCUUCUGCUUGGGAUUCACAAGCAUCUCCUCUGUCUCCACCAAGUACAUCCUUAGAUUUAACAGCAUUUUCCUCGUGCCUUAUAGAUCAGACUGCAGGGCAAGCCUCCAUUCCAUCAAAAACCUACGUUGCUGAAAGUUCAACCACUCUCGAAUCUGAUACUGCACAAGUUGUAAUUUCAAUAGCAGACUUAGGAUCAAAACCAGCAUCUCAAGACUUAGUUCAACCUACUCCUUUAACUGACAUUUCUAUUGAAGAAAUUGUAUGCCACUCCCAAAUUGCUGCAUCUAUCCAACAAACCAUAAAAUUCUCAACAGCUCCAAGUCUACCUGAGAUGUCUUCUAGUAAAGUUUCUUCCCCAGCAGACACUGCUGUUUCUGGAUCAUCAGUGAUACCAGAACCAACCCAAGCUCCUAAGCCAGCUGAUGCUUCUAUUUCUAAACCACCACUAGCUCCAAAACCAGUUUUCACCUCAAAGCUUACAUCAGAUGCCAUUAUUGUUACAAUACAAGAUGGAAUAUCACAGCCUGAUUCAGUUUUACAGACUGCACAUUCAAAAACAAUUCUAGAACCAACGAAUAUUGUAGAUUAUUCUACCCUUACGUCAACAUCUAUAGUAACUUCAGUGUCCACACAUGAGGAAAUUACAGUUUUUGUCUCAAGUCAAGCAAUGAGUUCAACCUCAGUAUUAGCUACAGUGUCUUUCAUUUCAGAUUCUGCAACUGCACCAGCUUAUGUGUCACAGGCCCCGAUUUCAUGCAUAACUUCCACUCCUUUUGUGCCUGAUGUUACGUUUCCUACAUCAGAGUGCCCAAUUCAAGUACCAUCUUUAGAUCCCAUGCCUAGAUAUACUGGAAGAGAACAUACAUCUCCUGCCAUUUUUCCAGAGCCUGUUCCAAUUAUUGUUGAAAUGCCAGACAUAAUGUCUUCACCUUCAAAGUAUCCAAUUCAUAGUACAGAUGUAAUAUCUACUCUAGCACACACUCCACCUUUAACAAGUACCUCAACUAUAGAUAAAGGGCAUAUUUCUGCCCCAACUUCAGUAUCAACAUGCUGCUCAACAGACACUUUCACUACAGUCCAGAGCAUAUCCAUUGCACCAUGUGUUCCAUCUGUGGUACAGAGCUAUAUUUCUUCAACCAUUUCAGAGCAAACAAAACCAAGUGCUCCAGUCGAUUCUUUUAUAAAAUAUCCGCAUGUUUCACCCACUAUUCCUGCUGUAGAUAUGACAGCUAUGACCCCAGCAAUUAAAAUUCCUAUUCCUUGUAUAGAUGCAGACAAAUCACUUGUGGAAGCAGCCCAUGAACUCCCUGUUGCAGUUUCACAAACCUGCCAGUCUGUGGAGCAUGCUGCCACAAAGGUUUUUCCAACCAUAAAUACAACUGUAGCCUUUGUCACUUUAUCUUCUCAACCAACACAGUCGAUAGUAGUGGACACAAAGACAAAGACUGGAAAUUUUCAACCUGCAGUAGAUGGCUCUCUGAUUGUGACUCCUGCUCUGCAGACAGGACAAGGUACUACUAUCAGUAUGGCAAGUGUUGGAAAUAUACACAUGAUAAAACAAGAAACACAGGGUAUCAUUACUAAUACAACGGCAACCUCCAUUCAACAAGUUAGAAGUCCAACUGUUGUUACGAGUGUAUCCCCUGUUAUCAGUUCAGAUGCUUCUCCUCUUGUGGGACUGAAAGCUAGCUUGCCUAGUGACUUAACUUUUGUGUCAACACAACUUGAACCUCGAGUGGAAAAUAUAUCCAGAGAAAGAGCAGAAAAGCCAGUCAUUGAAUUUCCACCACCACCUGCAGCUUCACCACCAGCCCUACCACUUGAUAGCUUACCCAAUACACCCUUUAACCAACAGUCACAACGGUCAAUAGUACCCACUUCUACUGAGUCUGUCAAAAAUAUAGCCAGCCAAGCACCUAGGGCAUCAGUGAAGCAAGUUUCAACCACCAUACACAAGUCACCUCCCCCAGUCCCACCUAAGCCAUUUUGUCUACCAGGUGGCCUAGGGUUCAGUCACAAAUCAAGAGAAAGUGUAAAACCAUCAGUAAUUCCUGAAUCUGCAGUUGCCCAAGUUGGCCAUGCUGCAACUUUACCAAGAACAAGAGAACCUCCCAAGGCCCUUACAUUAUCCUUGACUGCCCCCACUGAUCUCAAACACAGUAUUUCAUCACCAAAGUCUCCCUUGUCACCUAGAUUUGCUAAAACUCUUGAGACAUAUGUAGUUAUAACAUUGCCAUCAGAACCAGGAUCACCAGUGGAAGGUGUUACAACCCAAGCUCCAGUACGUAGACCAUCUCUACCAACUCCCAAGCAGCAGGGUCUUGCUAUUGCAUCAACAAUGUUUACUCCACCUGUUGUGUGUGUACCACUGACUAUGAUUUCACAAUCUGGAGUAGCAACCCCAUCUACUUUGAUUUCAACAGCAGAUGUGACAGUUACUUCAGCAUCAAGUGCAGUUUCGGUACCACAUUCAGUAGCACCAAGCCUUGUUUUUGUGCCCCAAACAGAAACAGGUGUACUACCAAUCAAAAUUUAUGAGGAAAAACCUAUUUACUAUGCACAACCUGUAACUGCAACAACAUAUCCUGCACCAACAGUGGUUUCCAUACCCACUGUAACAUCACCAGUUCUGGCUGAAAUUCCAGACAUGACUAUAGAACCAAAAAUAAAUACUGCAGCUACAGUGAUCUCAGCUCCAGCAUCAAGUGUGGUUUCAGUACCAUAUUCAGUAGCAACAAGCCUUGCUUUUGUGCCCCAAAUAGAGACAGUUAUACAACCAAUCAAAAAAGAAACUUAUGAGGAAAAAUCCAUCUACUCUGUACCACCUGUGACUACAGCAAUAUAUCCUGUGCCAACAGUGGUUUCCAUACCCACUGUAACGUCACCAGUUCUGGCUGAAAUUCCAGACAUAACUAUAGAACCAAAAAUAAAUACUGCAGCUACAGUGAUCUCAGCUCCAGCAUCAAGUGUGGUUUCAGUACCAUAUUCAGUAGCACCAAGCCCUGCUUUUGUGCCCCAAAUAGAGACAGAUACAGUAGUACCAAUCAAAAAUGAAAUUUAUGGGGGAAAAUCCAUUUACUCUGCAUCACCUGUGAACACAACAGUAUAUCCCGCACCAACAGCGGUUUAUGUAACAUCACCAGAUACAUUGCUUGCAGUAUCAGUUGUGGAUGAAAUUCCAACCAUGACCAUAGAACCAAAAACAAAUAAUGUGGCAACAGUGAUCCCACCUGCAGAAGUCUGUGCCACUCAUAUUUCAGCCCCACAAACCAAUUCUCAGUCAAUGGUACCUGUAUCACUACUAAUACAAGAAAUACCUGUAGAGUUGACACCACCAGCCUUUACAGUAGGUAUUACUCCAACAUCUUCAAGGGAACCUUUAGCUUCACAGGAUAUCAUGCAAGGGCUUGAGAGGCAAAUGAUUCAAACAGUUUAUGCUGCUCCUAUAACAGUGACCAAACUACCACUGUACACAGAUAAUCUGGCUGUACAAAUGUUGGAAAUGGAAGAAGAGGCUAAAUCCACAAAAAGUCCAUCCUCUGACCAGAGUCAACAGCAUCAAAUAUUUUUUGAAUCACAGCAAAUGGUGCCAUCAGUGUCUGCAUCAACAUAUAUACCAACUGCACCAGUAACAUUUGCUCAAUUCAAAAAAUCAGUUGAGAGUCAAGAAAUAAGAGGAACUAAUAAAGUCUUAUCUAGCAUGAGCCAACUGUACUCUACAAUUGCAACAACUGAACAGCACCAAAAUGCAUUACCUAAUCUUGUGGCACAAGUUGUCACAACUGAAGUCCAGAGAACUACUACAGUAUCAGUUGUUCAAGAAAGAAUACCUCUAGAUCCUACAGAUCCUACAUGCAGACAAGCAACGCCUAAACAAAAUGGAAAAACACAUUGCAUUGAUGAUGUUAUAGAUCUCACAACAUUAAAGGUCAGUGUUUCAAUGACUGACAAGGGAAUGGAUCUGACAGCCCCUGAGUCAAAUCUGCAGUCUUUCUUAAAUGAUUCAAGUAGUCGACAGAAAACUGCUGUGCAGCCAGAAAUUGUAAACCUAAGUGCUGAGAUAACUCCUGCUACAACACUCUCUGUUGUGACAGACAGUAUCGCUGUUGUUACCUGCACUGAAGCAUUCACAUACAACAAUAACAUUACAGUUGGCACGCCCCCCAAUUUACAAAGUGUUACUUCAAUGCCUCUGCCACUUAAAACAUAUAAACCAUUUGAACCCCUCGCACAAAUAGUUUACAGACCAGUGAAUUCGCAACCAAAACCAACAACCAAUACAGAGAUCCCCAUUAACCUAUCAUAUGGGCCUGCUGAAACCACAGCACCUUCAUCUUUACCUGUCACAAUGGCUUCAAUAACCUGCACACAUUCCAGUAUACCUAGUCAUAUUGAGCCUUCUGCAGCUGGAGCUAUUGAUCUCACAAUUUCAAAGCCAAAGAGAACUAUGUUGGCUCUUACUGCACCCACUGGGGUGGUUACAAGUGUUGUUGAAGAAGAUGUGGCACCUGUAGAUCUGACAGCAGGGAGGCGAACAGUGUGCUGUGACAUACUCUACAGACUUCCAUUCACAGGAAGCUGCAGAACACAGCCUCCAGUGACCACAACAGAUAAACAGUUUGGCUUAAGAAAUUAUGAUCAACAUAAUGCCACAACCCUAGGACUUGAGGAUCUCAAUACUAUAAAAACAUUAGGGUAUGGCAGUAAUUUCAUACAAACCGAUUUGGUCACAAAAAAUGGAUCUGUCAGCCAAAAUGAUGCACCAGAUGGGGCAAUCGAUCUGACAUCAGCAAAAAUGUCACGAGAUGAAGCCCUGGACUACUCAAAGAAAGGCACAGUGUCAUUUUCUGGGAUAACCACCACUCACUCUUCCCAAGGAAUAUCCUCAGGAAAUAAUACUAUGCUAAGAUCAUCAAAUGGAGUUGUGUACCCAUCUGUUGCUCCACCUAUUCCAUCCACAUUUGCAAUUACCACUCAGCCAGGCUCAAUAUUCAGUACAACAUCCAACAGUCUCACCACUACAAUGGAGCCAUUUUCAACACAGAUCCAGGCUUCACCAUAUGAUCAGAUGAAUUCCACUGAAUGCAACCAGUCAAUAUUCUUAGAAACUCAUCCAUCCAAGGAUAUAUUGCCUUCUGCCUUUGUCAGCCUGCUUCCCUCAAUAUCAGCCUUCCCAGAACUAUACUCUGAUGCUACUCUUGAGGUCAUUGCAGCCUCUCUGGAUGCCCUUGUCUCCCCAAAUUUCCCUACCUUUGAUGACAGCAAGAGUCAGCAGUACCAAGCUGAACAUGAGUUUUUGCAAUUAGAGAAACUGAAGCAGCUCUGCCUGGCUGAGGAGCUGGAAUGGGAGAGACAGGAGAUACAACGUUAUCGUGAGCAGGAACAAAUAAUUGUUCAAAAGGAAUUAGAGGAACUGCAGAGCAUAAAACAACAGCUCCUAAUGCAGCAAGAAGAGGAACGCAAGGCUCAUCUCAUUCUUCAACAGGAGACCUUUGCCCAGCAGCAACUACAGCUUGAGCAAAUCCAACUGCUACAGCAGCAACUACAGCGACAGUUACAGGAGCAGAAAAUAUAUCCAUAUGGAUUUGAUGGCAUAUCUCAAACCACUAGCUCAGGUGUUAUCCUGGAUUCCCAGUACUGCAGAGGAGAUAAUGGGCAAUACUUGCCAGUGAAGGAUGACAACAUAUUAUCAAAAGUCACUGUCUCUUCAACUAACCAAGAUUGGCACACUGCUCCACCUGGUGAUUUAUUGCAGCAUAGUUUGAACAUACCUAAACCACAAGAUGAUCUUAAAGAAACAGAGGAACAAAAACAGGAUUCAGAGAAGCAGCCUGCAAUAACCAAGCAAGUCACUGGGCAAAAUGUAGGAUUAAGUAGUAAGAAAAUAAGUAGUAAUUGUGUUCAGACAGAUGAAGAGGAAGGACUGGAAAGGUCUUACCCUGGGAGGAGAAGGAGAAGUAGGAAAAGUGUAGAUAGCUGUAUGCAAACUGAUGAUGAGGACCAGGAUGAAUGGGAUGUCCCUGUUAGAAGCAGGCGCAGGUCUCGCUCCAGCAGAUAUGCAGAUGGAGAAAGGGUUAAAGGCUCCAAAGUAUCCAGUAUUGCAAUCCAAACUGUGGCUGAGAUCUCAGUUCAGACAGAUCAUUCUGGAACUCUAAAGAGGUCACCAGUCCGAGCUCAGGUGGAUACUACAUUUGAUCUGCACAGAGGAGGAGAAAUAGAGAGUGACUCAGAUUUUACAUCUGACAAAGAUAAGAAACGUUCAACUCCCAUUGAAGUUGGUGUCAACGCUCAUCUGAAAGCAGAUGGUAUUAGCAUCUCUUCGGUCCCCAAAUCUCCAAAGGUAUUGUACUCUCCAGUAUCACCUGUGUCUCCUGGAAAGGGCACUCAGAAAAUGCUAACAGCUGAACCACCAAGACACCCAAGUAGCCCAAGAUCGCUGAAGGCCUCACAACGAUCUCUGUCUGAUCCUAAGUCUCUGAGUCCCACGAAUGAUGACAGAAUCAUGUACCAGUACUCAGAUGCCUGUUCAAGCAAAGGUUCACAGAGCAGUACUCCAGUGGGCUCCCACAAAAAAAUAAAGCGUACCCUUCCUCAUCCACCACCAGAUGAGGAUACUGUUGUUGGCCCCUUGGGAUACAGUACUGGUUCAUCUCGAAGAAGAAUGUGUAGAAAUACCACCAUGGCUAGAGCUAAAAUCCUGCAAGAUAUUGACAAAGAGUUGGAUUUGGUUGAGAGAGAGUCUUCCAAACUCCGCAAGAAGCAAGCAGAACUGGAUGAGGAAGAGAAAGAGAUAGAUGCCAAGCUAAGGUAUCUUGAAAUGGGUAUUAAUAGAAGGAAGGAGGCCUUAUUAAAAGAAAGAGAGAAGAGGGAGAGGGCAUAUUUACAAGGUGUGGCAGAGGAGCGUGACUAUAUGUCUGAUAGUGAGGUUAGUAACAACAGAGAGACACGGGGUAAUGGUCAUGGACUGGAACGACCAAGGACUGCCCCUCAGUCAGAAUUUAACCAGUUCAUUCCACCACAGACUGAAGCUGAUUCUCAGUAUGCACAACUUGCAUACUCUCAUUAUCAGUAUGCCUCCCAAAGUGAUUCCCCAAGUCACUAUUCCCAGCAAACUCUGUACCAACAGCCAUCACUUUAUCAUCAGCAGGUGUCUCCCUAUCAGACCCAGUCAAUAUACUCUUCAGUGCCCACACUUAGCCAGCAAUCACAACAAACAGGUUAUGACCAUGCCUCCCAACUCCUUCUAAUGCAACAGAAAACCCGGCAAACUACUUUGUCUGACUUGGAGCCAAAGAUAACCACUAAUUACGAAGUUAUACGGAAUCAGCCUCUCCUAAUUGUCCCCACAUCUACAGAGAGUGCCUAUGGGGUUUCACAUCUUGCAAGUAAAUACAAUAACCUAGACCUGAGGAUUGGGCUUGAGGAAAGAGGCAGUAUGGCCAGCAGUCCCAUGUCCAGCAUUUCAGCAGAGUCCUUCUAUGCAGACAUUGACCAUCACAAUGUCAGAAACUAUGUUAUGAUUGAUGACAUAGGUGAGCUCACAAAGGGGUCUAGAGGCUUGGGUUCAAGCUUUAAUGUUCCUGAUAAAGAUAUCAGCAAAAGUGAUCGGCUCCUUCGUGUUGCUGAUGUUCGUCGAACAGCAGAUGUGACUGACUUCAUUGGACCUCUGCAGGCCACUUCAAGAUUACAUUCAUAUGGUAAGCCAGAGGAUGACUCAAUGGAGGAGCCAUAUGAGUUAAAACUGCUAAAACAGCAAAUCAAGCAAGAGUUCCGGAGGGGCACAGACAGCCUGGAGCAACUCACAGGCCUUCCUCACUACCUACACACUGACAGUUUUAGACAUUUUCCUAAAUCUGAAAAAUAUAGCAUUGGAAGACUUACACUAGAAAAACAAGCUGCUAAGCAGCUUUCAGCCUCAGUCCUUUACCAGAAACAGUUAAAGAAUAAAAGAACACUAAUUGAUCCUAAAAUUACAAAGUUUUCCCCUAUACAAGAAAGCCGGGACCUGGAACCUGAUUACAGCAGUUUUUUACCUUCCACUGGCUCAGCAAUGGGAGGACUGUCCAGCAGAGCAAGGCUGCUUCAGGAUGAGAUCACUUUUGGCCUGAGGAAGAACCUAGCUGAGCAGCAGAAAUACCUGGGCUCUACACUCAGCAACAACCUAGCUCAAUCCCUGAAUCUUGGUCACUCUCUCAACCUUGGCCCACACUUGAGAUCAUCCCUCCAGGAUGAUGGCACUUAUCCCAGCGGCACCCGGUCCAGACCUUCUUCCAGGCCUUCCUCUGUAUAUGGACUUGACUUGUCCAUCAAAAGAGACCUUUCCAGCUCUUCACUAAGGUUAAAGUCAGAGGGUGAAGGCUUAGAUUCACAAUUUGGAAUAGCAAGGGUAAAACCAACAAGUUUACCUAUCAGCCAGAGCAGGGGCCGCAUUCCCAUUGUGGCACAGAACUCAGAAGAAGAGAGCCCGCUGAGCCCAGUUGGGCAACCCAUGGGUAUGGCAAGGGCAUCUGCAGGUCCACUACCACCUAUCUCUGCUGAUUCUCGGGACCAGUUUGGUUCCAGUCACUCUUUGCCAGAGGUACAGCAGCAUAUGAGAGAGGAAUCACGAACACGUGGCUAUGAUAGGGAUAUAGCCUUCAUUAUGGAUGACCUACAAGGAGCUAUGUCAGACAGUGAAGCAGGAGGUCCUAGCUGGAAAGUAGAAGCCUACCACCUGCAGCAUGAAGAGACUGACUGGUUUGAUAAACCGCGCGAGGGACACAGUGGAUCAAAGCCAGGACAGGAUAAAAGACAGGUGAAAGCUAUGCAUUACCCUUUCCCCCACACUCGCAUUAAACUACAGAGGGACCCUAGGGACCACAGUGUUUCAGGGGGUGGUUUUGGCAUACGAGUGGUGGGAGGGAAGGCGAUUCCAGGGACUAAUGGAGAGAUUGGAGCAUACAUUGCUAACUUGGCACCUGCAGGCACUGCUGAACUGUCAGGAAAGGUUGUUGAAGGAAUGCAGGUCCUGGAGUGGAAUGGAAUCCCUCUGAUGGGAAAGACCUAUGAGGAAGUGCAGAGCAUUGUGGGUCAGCAGAGUGGGGAAGUAGAGAUAUGUUUGCGCCUAGAUCUGAAUAUGCGCUCAGACUCAGACAGUCCCAAGUAUCUAGAGCUGCAUUCUCAGCUAAAAGUCGCUGAGCACCAGCGUUCUCCGGGUGUCGAUCCUAAGCAGUUGGCUGCAGAGCUGCAUAAGGUCUCUCAGCAGCAGGCUCCUUCCUCUGUGUUGACUGUGCUGGAGAAGGCAGGACAUCUUCACUCAGCGACAGCAUCCACUGCCUCCAGUGGGGUCCCCAGCCCAGGACAGCCUGGAUCUCCCUCGGUCAGCAAGAAACGUCACAACAAGUCAGGUGAUGGGGUGAAACCUCAACCACAUCCUAUCACUGGUGAAAUACAACUACAAAUCAAUUAUGACAAGAAUAUGGGUAACUUGAUCGUCCACGUUCUACAAGCCCGAAACCUUGCACCAAGAGACAACAAUGGAUAUUCAGACCCUUUUGUUAAGGUGUAUCUUCUGCCAGGGAGAGGACAAGUCAUGGUUGUCCAGAACGCAAGUGCUGAAAAUAAGAGAAGAACCAAAUAUGUGCAGAAGACCCAGAACCCUGAGUGGAACCAGACUGUCAUCUAUAAAAAUAUUCACCUCGAGCAGCUGAAGAGAAAAACCCUUGAGGUGACAGUAUGGGACUAUGCCAAAUAUUCCUCCAAUGAUUUCUUGGGAGAAGUGCUUAUUGAUCUGUCUAACACUGCUCAGCUGGACAACAUGCCUCGCUGGCACCCCCUAAAGGAACAAAGUGAAAGCAUCCACCAUGGUAGAGGACAUCCACCACAUGGAGGAGGCGGAGGAUCAGGUGGCCAAGGAGGCCAUGGAGGUCAGGGAGGACCUGGAGGAUCAGGUGGACCAGGGAGCACAGCGGGGCAACCAAGCAGCGAACAAUCCCCCAAAACCUCUGUCAUCAAGAGCAGAAGUCAUGGCAUCUUCCCUGACCCUGCUAAAGAUACUCAGGUCCCCACUAUUGAGAAAUCCCAUAGUAGCCCAGGCAGCUCAAAAUCCUCGUCUGAGACUCAUCUGCGUUCGCAUGGCCCCUCUCGCAGUCAGAGCAAGAGCAGUGUUACUCAGGCUCACCUUGAGGAUGCUGGGAACGCCAUAGCUGCUGCCGAGGCCGCAGUGCAGCAAGCCCGCCUCCAGCCAAACAGAGUAGGACACACACACAUGAAUGAUGGAGAUGAGUACACCCUGGACGGUGAGGAUGGCACAGGCACUAAUGCAGUGGACAGUGCUAUCUUUCAGGUGCCUCAGCUGAAGACGAUUCCUAAUGGUUUGGAUUUGAGAGGCUCAGACUCUCUGAAGAAUCUGCAUGACUCUGAAAGUAAGAACCAUAUGAUUGGAGAGAUCAAGGUGGCGCUGAAGAAAGAGAUGAAGACUGAAGGAGAGCAGCUGGUUCUUGAGAUUCUGCAGUGCAGGAAUAUUACUUACAAGUUCAAAUCUCCAGAUCAUCUGCCUGAUUUGUAUGUGAAGCUCUAUGUGGUUAACGUAGCCACACAGAAGCGGAUAAUAAAGAAAAAGACAAGAGUGUGCCGCCAUGACAGAGAGCCUUCCUUCAACGAGACUUUCCGCUUCAGUCUCAACCCGGCUGGUCACUCCAUUCAGCUGUUCCUGGUGUCUAACGGAGGGAAGUUUAUGAAGAAGACACUGAUUGGUGAAGCUUACAUCUGGUUGGACAAAGUGGACAUGCGGAAGCGAGCAGUGAGCUGGCACAAAUUAGUAGCCAGUUCUCCUCAUACGCAGCCCUGAUCCAUACCAACCAGUGCAGAAAUAAGUGACCAUGCUAGAAAAAAUGGAAGAUAAUGACAUUUCAGUAAUAACUGUGUCAUGAUUAAACCUUGUUGACAAUAGUCAACGGGCUUAAAAACUUUCUUAGCUCUUGCAAUUAAUGAACAGAGUGUUUAUAUGUAAGUGGAUGAAAUCAAAUUAAGCAAAAAAUAUAUAUAUAUAAAGAGAAAUCAGUAGCAAAAAUUCUGAUAUUUUCAGAAAAUAUAACCACCUCGUUCCCUCUCAGUCCACUGUAUAGUUUAUAUGAUUAAAUUUAUCAUAUCAGAUUAUGUUAUGUACAUACUGAGAAAAUAAAAUAAAAAAUGAGUUCAGAUUUUUUUAUGUGAUAAAUACAGUAUGAACCUUCAGCAUAGCUCCAUUAAGCACACAUGCUCAGUGAUGCUCAGUCUCUACUGUCUUACUAAUAUUUUGGAAACCAUUUCAUCCGAAUCUGAGAUUUUUAUGCAGUAUUUCAUUUUGUCUGUGAAAAAAAUGAAGUGUCAGAGGUUAUAUCACUUGGACGUCAUUCUUUCAAGAGACUGCAGUGGUGGUAAAAGAACCACUGCUGGUUUUAUUUCAUAUUCCGAGCACAUCUGUAGACCAUGAACUAUGUUCUUGAAAGAGCCUUAAGUGCUCUGAAAAGUCAUAGUAGAAACUACAUUGAAUCAAAUACAAAGAAUGAUUGUAUGUGUUCGUAUUUAUUUGAAAGCAUCUCAAAAUAAUUGUCAUGUAACUGUUCUGAUGUCAAAAGUGAGUCCUGUUUUGUGAUAAAGUUCUGUGUUCAAACAAAUAUGCAAUGAAAAAACGGACGAAAAAAAUAUAGAUGCAGAUUUCUGAAUUGGCUCAGCUGAAAUCUGGUCACUGUUGUAUUUAUUUCAAAUGGUGCCUGUAUAAAUGAGUGUCACCGUGGUGCAGUUUAAAGCUGUUACUUUUUUUCAUUGGCUUUUGGAAUGAAUAAUUGUUGCUGCUCAUCUCAGUUUUAGUAGCAGAAAAUCAAACAUAUUCACUGCCUGCACCAUAUCAGUGUAAAAAGAUGCGUAAAAGUACAAGUGUUUUUGGUUGUGCUCCAACACCAGACAGUGACCAUUGGUUUAGUUCCAAAAAUGAAGAUGAAGGAAUCAAUACAUGAACCCACAGAUCUUCUCAAAACAAAAGCAAUCAGUGUUUCCAUAUUGCUGUCAGUGUUUUUUUUUUUUUUUUUUUUUUUGCAUAUGGGAAAAAAGGAUCUUUAAUGAUUCGUUAAUGAUCAUAUUCAGUACAUUUUGUAAAGGUAGUGUACAGAUACAACUUGGGAUUGAGUGAAGAAAUGUUCGUGUGGUGACUGGGUUGCUGUCACACUGAAAUGAACUAUGUGCCAACCUAAUGUCCUAACCAAAUCCACUGCUUCAGUUUGGGUAUUUCUAUGCAACAUGAAUUAUGCCUGGAUGCAUUUCUUCAGAGUUUGAAAAAAUAUAUAUAUAUAUAUAUAAAUCUUUUCAACAUAAUUUUACUUUUAAUUUUACUUCGAAUGAAGAUAUAUAAAUAUAUAUAUGUAUAAACUGUUUUGACACAGUACAUUUUGAGAAUAUGCACUUUAGUUAAGUUUCUGUUCCAAUGUGUGUUGGACUUAUCAUUACGACUAUGUGAAAUUAUUGCUACAAGGAAUACAGUGACCCAUGAAUUGUCCUGGGGAAAAAAAGGCACCGCUUAAUCUAAAAUCUAAAAAAAAAUAAAAAUAAAUUUAAAAAAUUACCCUUGCUGGUGGUCUACAAACUAUGAGAGCGCACUUUUAAUGGCCAAUUAAAAUGAAUAUAAUUAUUUUUAUGUCUAUCGCAUUCCACCUCGAGUAGUGCUGUGUAUCUGGAUUUCAAUCAAAAGCUGUGUCCCCUUUAAAUAAUGACUGAAAUAUGGCUGUUGUCUCCUCUCUGUUGUGUCAGUGUAAUGUCCGCCUGGUUUGUUAUGCUGUAUUCCUGGGAACUAACAUGAUGAGUCUGAUGUAUUCAGUUGCAGUAAAUGGUGUGAAUGUGAAUUGAUUAUUUUUGAUUAUGUAAAUACAUAAGAUAUUUUCUAUAAGAAGAGGUUUGAAUAUUUAUUUGGUUUGACACUGAGCAUGUGCGUGUGAACUCAAGGUCAAUGUCCUGUCUGUACAUAUGUAUUUGUCUUAAUAUGUGAGCAAGUGAUCCAUGUGAUUAUCUGGAUGAUGUCAAUCAACCCACAUCAAUCUCUCUAAUAAAAUCUGUGUAAUCUUACACAAUGAAGAUAAUGAGGUGGAAAAAAAAAAUACACAAAAUCGUCAAUGAAUUUCUAUGGUUUUACAUGGAUGUUGCAUGUUCUGCUAGAUGUCUGUUGAUAUUUUUUGCCUACAGAUUCUGUUUAAAAAAGGAAAAAUGAGUACCUUUAUCUGAAAAAAUGUAUGCUGACUGUAAAAUGCUUGUAAAAUGAGUCUUGUUUUUUUUUUUCACUUGUAAAAAUGAGAAAUUUAAUGUCAUGGUUUUAUGGUUGUCCAUAGGAUGUCAUGAAAUUAUGCAAAUUGUGCUGUAGAAAAAGAAAAGAAAAGAAAAUAUAUGAAUAAAAAUGUUCCCUGAGUCUAAUAAAUAUUAGAGAUUCUAUUGUAAAUGUAAAAAUGCAUCUUUAUUUCCUUAUUCAGUUUCACACAGAAGGCCCUGUUUUUGGGCAGGAAUUAGGUUUAUUUUAUAUUGUGCAUUUACAUCUUACUGUAUACUGUAUCUCCAAAGUCCCUAGCAUUUUUAGAAAACAAGUGAAACCCAGGGUUGACAUGCAUAUCUCUAUGGACUUGCAUUAGCUUGCAAUCUUCCAUAUUCCAUAUAGGGGAUGUACUGAUGUAACAAAGUAGCUAAUGUCAACUAAUGUAGCAUGUACCAUUUUCCACUCUGUACACUGAAUCAUUUCAGCUGAAGGACCUAAAACAGAAACUAGUUGUCAAAAUGUAAGGCCUCCUUUUCUGUUAAUGAGGCAUCAGUAGGCCUCAUUUAUAAAGCUGGAUAUGAACAGAUUUAUUCGUAAAUUAUGUGUAGGAUAAAUAAGCAGAGGACAGGCUGGUGUAUGCAUAGCAGUAAACUGUAAGCAAUUGCCUCAGCUGAUAGAAGAUCAAGGUCUUAUGAGGGAACAGAUGUUAGAGACCUUUUUCUUUUUCCAGAGGAUGAAAGCUGGGUUAUAAAUUGGUUCCAUUUGCCACUGCAUCUUCUUUUAAUGCUGGGCAACACUUCCAACACCUCCUUUUCACGCAAGAUCCAUUUAUUUGCAACUAACACCAGUGUUUUGUUUUGUUUCUUUAGAAAUGCGAGUCAGUCUACAUUGGAAUUUUAAUGAUACCGUUAUUUACCAUAUGUUCAAAGUACAGUUUUCAAUUUCCAAAAUUUAGGCCAAAACUAAGAAAGAAAGAAAGAAAGAAAGAAAGAAAGAAAGAAAUGUUUUACUAUUAUGAAUCAGUUCAACCAGUGGUGUCGCUGGGGAUAGAUUUUGGGUUUGAUCCCCCCUGAAUUAUAACACACAUGCAGCAUAGCCCAUUAUACGGGUGUAUAUACAUUUGAUGUAUGUCAUUAUAGUGCAAUUAUUGUGCAAAACAAUUUUAUUUAAUAUCAAAUAAUAAAAGUGCAGCAGUUGCACUAUUAAUGAUGUUCAUGUUUUUUUUUUAAACAGUCAUCAUAUUUAGGAUUCCAUAUUUAACCACUCAAAAACUCAAAUGAACAAAUGAAUGAGCCCCUUACUUUAUAUAAUCAUGUUUUAUUGGGUACCAUGUGGUAAGAAACAGGAUUAAUCAAUCAGAAUCGUUCUUUUUUUUUUAUUUUUUAUUUUUUGCAGUUUCUGUUUGAAAACCAGCUCACUACACUCUGAGUGCAGGGAUUAUUUGUUUAUUAUAUGUGCACUUAGAGACACUGCAGUGACUGUGAGCUGUAUUUGUUGCCACUGUUCAUGAUCUCACUGGAAGUUUUGAAACGCUGCUACUUUAUGCUUCCGCAUUCGUAACGCGGAAGUGUGGAAAAGGUCUACAGCUAUGUAGUUGGCUUCAGAGCUAUCGUCAACAACUAAAGAGUAUAUUUAAAUAGAUAAAUGAAAUAAUAUAAAAUAAAUACAGUAAUAAAUUACAAUGCAGUUGAACACUAAAAUUUCUGCUUCACCGAUUUUUUAAGCAAACCUUAGCUAACAUAAAUUAGACAUGACUGGGGGAAACUCAUGCUGUGUCUCAAUCAACUCCCUAGCUCCCAAGGUCGUGAGUCAGUAUAUCAUGUACACAAGUUCUGGCAAUGUUAAGGACC